UGGCUGUUGUCUAACUCGGCUGGCGUAAGUCAGCAAAGAAUGUAACAAUUUUUUUUAUCUGACUUGUCUUGAAUAUUGCUUGUAAUGCAAACUGCUUAGGUAUAUACAGGCAACAAUCCAUUUAAUAGUUAUUUUACAACGUUUCUUUCAAAAUAUCAAAACUAAAAACUUAACUUGGAAGUUUUCCGCAUCAUGGUAGUGGGCACGAAAACUGUAGCAGCGGGUGUAUCUGCGGUUGGCCUGGUGACUUUGAUGUCAGGUUUAGCAGUGCAUUAUAGGACACCGAGAUCAGUGGAUAAUGAGUUGUUGAAUGUCAUGAAUUCUGAGAGUGGAGCAGUGGCCGGUCGAAUUGUAACAAUUCCAGCUAAGACUUACAUCAGGGCUUUUAAGGCUUCUUUGAAACUAGGACAAUGCCCUCUGAAAAUGGAAGAAAGCAAUAUAAAAAGAUGCAAUGAAGAGUUUGUUGGCGAUUCUGUGUUCCUGGCCAAGGGUUCAAUGACCGUCGAUGUUGCCAAGGUCCAGAGUAGCGAGGACAUUUUACUGCAUGUUAUGGGGAGUAUCGGCACCAGCGUCGGCGUUUUAGGUCUCGUCAGUGUCAGUCCCAAAGUUUCUGUAGCUGUGACGACGGAAACGAAAAAGGAGAACUUAAAUCUUCUUAGUAGCUACGAGAUGCACAAAGGAAUUAUGUCCCUUCAGAGCCCGAAGCCGAAACAGGGCAUUCAAAUUCCUGAGGACGGAGCUCUGUUCCUGAGUGAGAUCGAAUUGGGCGGCAAUGAACUGUUGCUAGUAACACUCGAAUUCGAAAGUGAGAAGCAGAAGGUGGAGGUGGAAAUAUCAGUCACCUUCAAGAUCCUGUUCUGGUCCAUCACUGCCAAAGUGAAGUUUGUGCACAACACCUUUAAAUCAAAAGCCAAAGUUAGAAUCCAAUUCAAAUCUUCUUUCCGUCAAGAAUUAGAUGAAAGUUUUUCUGAAUUAAGUGCAGCAAUUCCUAGAAUAGAAGCCAUUGAGAAAAUGUAUAUGCAAGGUCCUAAAGAAUUGAAAGGACUGAGCGACGAAGAUGAGAGAACCCACAACUUUUACUACUUCUCAUCAUGGAAGCAAAAUCCGUACGGAAGUAAUCUGAAUUUAGCCCUUGUCAAUCACGAUCUGGAUUUCUUGACAGAGCAGAAUACAGAAAUGAGAUCCGUGAUCAACGAGAUCAACCACCUUAAAGAUCAGUCGUGGAGUGCUGACCAGCGAAAACGGAUGGUUCAACUCAACGAAACACUGACCACUAAAUCUUCCUCCCUGACCAAAGGACUAGAUAAUUAUCAUAAAUUAACUCCAGAUGGAAGGCAAAAGUUACGUGACAUAUAUGGCGUCAACAAAGCACCUUUAUAUUACUCAAGGCAGCUGAAUUCCAUUAUUCAACAAUAAAAAGUUGAAGAAGGAGAAUUUCAGAAAUAUUUUGGUUUUGAAGUUUUCCUCUUAAAUGUCUGACCUUUUGUUAACAAUUGUUUAGUUGUUUUACACCUGCAAAAAUGUUAUUGUAUGCUGUUUCAUAUAUUUAUUUUGCCUGUAUGGUUGGUGUUAAUUUUUUUAUGUUUGAAUAAAAUGAUACUAAAUGUUAUUUUAAUUAUGAAAAAAGGCAUUUUAUUGAGAGAUAGAUUUCAACACAGAAAUUUCUUGUCUUAGCACAUAAUACUUAUAGAUUUCAGGUAUGCGACUAUAUUUUAGAGACAUUUUUAAAGAAUGUUAUAAAAUAUUUGUAUUUUAGAAUUUUUUUAUAUAAUAGUGUAAAAAACAACAACCACAAAGAAACCAAAAUAUAUAAUUCAAAAUUCAAAUUUGUUUUGAAAAUUGGAAGAAAUAAAAAAUUUGUUUUGAUUGUAAAGCAAUAAAAGUUUUAGUUUAAAAUUUUAUCAAAUGAUUUGUUCAAAAUUUUGCAGAAUCUUCAGAAAUAUAUUGUUAAGAUCCUGAUCCAUGAAAUAGCUGUUAUUUUAUCCAGUCUUUAAACAAUUUUUACAUUAUAAAGCCUUAAAAUAACUGUAAAUGCUUUUAAACGAAUAUAUUGCUUAUUCUUUAGUUAAAUGGCAACAAAACAUAUUAACAUUUGUUACACCAAAUUUGAACAAAAAUAAAUUGGAGUUGAAUUUUAAUUGACGAGAUUUUCCUUAGAAUAUACUUCCAAAAUUUAUUAUUUGAGAAAUUAACGUUUUAAAAUAUAAAUAGCAUUAAAACAUAAAUAAUGCAAAUACAAAAAUCAAUGCAAUUUCGUAAAAAAUGAGAGCAAAAACAGAAUUUAAACAUUAAAAUAACUGUUUAGAUUCUAAGGAUAUUGAAUGAAAAAACAUAUUCAAGUAUUUUCAGAAGUCAAAUUUUAAGAAAAAAGGAUUUAGAGUCGUUAUCAAUAAAAGACUGAAAACGUUUCAAACGAACAAUUUUAUCUUAUGAACUUGUACUAAUAAUUAAAUUUUGU